AUGUUAUUAUUCUACCUUUUCACUUUUAUUUUUCUCGAUUUCAGCCUCGUCUCGUGCAAGCAAUCGGACAACAUGCCCUUAACCGAGUCGGACUACCGAGCCCUCACAUCAAUGAAGGCCCAACUCAUCGACCUCAAUCGGGCCCUCAUCAGCUGGAACGGAACCCGGGCUCGAACUUGUUCCUCUUGGGCCGGCAUCAAAUGCGUUACGGGACGAGUCACAUCCAUUCAGCUCCCAUGGAAAGGUCUACAGGGCCGGAUAUCCGAGUCAAUCGGGCAGCUUCGAGCCCUCCGCCACCUCAGCGUCCACGAUAACGGGCUUGUGGGGUCCAUUCCAACGUCCAUCGGGCUCCUUCGGAAUCUCAAGGGUGUUUACCUUUUCAACAACCGGCUUUCAGGCUUAGUUCCACCCUCGAUCGGUAACUGUUUGAAUCUACUCGCUAUUGAUCUUAGUAACAAUCGGCUAACUGGCUUUAUUCCGCCCAAUCUUGCUAACUUGACGAGACUGUAUAGAAUAAAUUUGAGUCGAAAUUUGAUUGCCGGGCUUUUGCCGAACGAGUUGGGUAGUCUUUCGAGGCUGAAUUUUCUAGAUUUGUCGAACAACACUCUCGACGGGGAGAUCCCGGUUUUUUUAUUUGAAAAAAUGGCGAACCUUUCGGUUUUGAACUUGAGUGACAAUAACUUCACAGGCCAAAUUCCAGAUACAAUUGGGAAUAAUAAUGUUUCUAGUUUGACCUCACUCGAUUUGUCACGAAAUAAUCUGACUGGUGAAAUCCCAGUUUCCAUUGCUAAUAUAAAAAACCUUUCUUCUUUCGAUGUUUCGUAUAAUGACCUUUUCGGCCCCGUCCCGCCUGUUCUUGCCAAGAAAUUCAACUCCACUUCUUUUAUUGGCAACAUUCAGCUCUGUGGAUACAGUUUUUCGACUCUUUGCGCUUCUUCUUCUCAAGAACCCGGGAAUAAUCCUCCUUUUACUUCUCAACAGGCACAACAAAAUCAUCACAAGCUUCGAAAAAACUUAAUCUUUAUAUCAGCCAGUGCCCUUUUUUUAGUAGUUAUACUCAUUUUAUGUUGUAUACUCCUCUGCUUCUGCCUGAUGAUGAGAAAAAAACGAGCUGACAAAAGUGGAAACUCAGAACCGAUGCCAGCUGGCAGCUCGGAACCCGAAAUGGGCGGGAAGCUGGUUCAUUUUGACGGGCCAUUUGUGUUCACGGCUGAUGAUUUAUUGUGUGCAACUGCUGAGAUAAUGGGAAAAAGUGCGUACGGGACGGCUUAUAAGGCGACAUUGGAGGAUGGUAAUCAGGUUACUGUGAAAAGGCUGAGAGAGAAAAUGACGAAGGCCCGGAAAGAAUUUGAGAUCGAAAUCGGUCAGCUCGGGCAGAUUAGACAUCCGAAUAUUUUAGCAUUGAGAGCUUAUUAUCUUGGACCGAAAGGGGAGAAGCUUCUUGUCUAUGAUCACAUGCCUAACGGGAGUCUCGCGUCCUUUCUCCACGCCCGAGGGCCCGAAACCAUCAUAUCCUGGCCGACGAGACUAUCCAUAGCCAUUGGGACUUCACGAGCUCUCCACCACCUUCACGACAAAGAGAACAUUAUACACGGCAACUUAACCUCAACAAACAUUCUAUUAGACGAGAAGAACAAUCCAAGGCUCGCCGAAUUUGGGCUUCCGCGCCUGGUCACGGGCCCUGCCAGCUCAGAGCUUGUGGCGACAGCUGGCACUACGGGCUACCGGGCCCCCGAGCUCUCGAAGCCCAACAAGAACCCGACCGCCAAAUCUGACGUGUACAGCUUGGGCGUGAUCAUCUUGGAGCUGCUGACCGGAAAAUCUCCUGUCGAGACUGAUGAAGAUGGGCCGGGCCUGCCCGAAUGGGUGGCCUCGAUUGUUAAGGAGGAAUGGACCAAUGAGGUGUUUGAUGUGGAGCUUUUGGGGGAAGCUGGUUCGGAUGUUGGGGAUGAGCUGCUCAACGUGCUGAAAUUGGGCCUGCAUUGCGUGGACCCCACGCCGGGGGCCCGGCCCGAUGCGAAGCAGGUGAUGGAGAAGCUCGAGGAGGUCAGACCCUGCCUGAAUGACUCUGUCGAAGAGGUCAGGCCCGGCCCCAAAGAGUAA